AUGCUUGGGCUACGCGCCCAUGAGCUCGGAGCUAGUCCUCUAUGGCUCGACUGUAAAGUUUCUUGUCAACGUCUGGAUUCUUCUUCGCAAUCGGCGAAACUUUCUCGGGAAAUGCUCGUGGUAGUAGACACCAAAUUGGAGACUAUAACGGGAUGCUCGAAAAUGGACGAUCAUGGUAAGUGUUGGGCUAUGCCUCACGUGCUCUGGACUCAGACUCGAUUAUUCCUCAUGGAUUACGCUAAUGCGGAGGAGCUGGUGAACUUUAUAAAGGGUUCGAACAUGUUGUGCGGGUUGAUCGAUCUGAAUGCGGCGAGCAAUGAAGACGAAACGGCGUCGUCCUCUGGUUCUCCGUCGCUGUCGGCGGUCUCCGGGAGCUUGGAUUUGAGCGCCACGUCGCCGGCGGCGGCCGCGGCCGUGUGUAUGGAGCUGUGGCACGCCUGCGCGGGGCCGUUGAUCUCGCUGCCGAAGAAAGGGAGUGCCGUUAUUGAGCAAAAUUGGAGAGAAGGAAUAACACGAGGAGAGGCGGGGGAUGAUGACGUUGACGGUGUUGUGAAAUCAUUGACACCUCACAUGUUCUGUAAAACUUUAACGGCGUCUGAUACCAGCACUCAUGGUGGCUUCUCGGUUCCCCGUCGUGCUGCAGAGGAUUGCUUUCCUCCUCUGGAUUACAAACAGCAGAGACCAUCACAGGAGCUUGUAGCUAAAGAUUUGCAUGGGACUGAGUGGAAAUUUAGGCAUAUCUACAGAGGCCAGCCUCGAAGGCAUUUGCUAACUACUGGAUGGAGUGCAUUUGUCAAUAAGAAGAAGUUGGUAUCUGGAGAUGCCGUGCUUUUUCUAAGAGGUGGUGAUGGAGAACUUAGGCUUGGGAUUCGUCGAGCUAUGCAAGUUAAAACCAGUGCUACUGUCCUCCCUCCUAACAGUGAACAGUUUAAAGCCAGCAGCCUUGUUUCUGUUGUGAGUGCCAUUACCAUGGGAAGUACUUUCGACAUUUGUUACAAUCCGAGAGCUCGUUCAUCUGAGAUCAUUGUACCUUAUCAUAAGUUCUCAAAGAGCCUCUCGCAGCCUUUUUCUUGUGGAAUGAGAUUUAAAGUGCGUUUUGAAACAGAAGAUACGUCUGACAGGAGGUGUGGAGGCCUCAUUGUUGGGGUUAGUGAUGCGGACCCGAAAAGAUGGCCUGGUUCAAAGUGGAAGUGCUUACUGGUCAGAUGGGAUGAUAUGGAGGUUAACCGCCUCAAUAGGGUUUCCCCUUGGGACAUUGAGCUGUCGGGCUCGGUCUCCGGGCCCAACAGCUUCGUCUUACCUGGAACCAAGAGAAACCGGGUCGGCUUUCCCACAGCGAAGCCCGAUCUUCCACUUCCUGGAGAUGGGAGUGAGGUUUCGGAGUUUGGCGAGCCUCUAAGAUUCCAGAAGGUCUUGCAAGGUCAAGAAGUGUUUGCAUUCGGGCAGCACACACCGGAUGUCAUGAUGAGGUGCUAUCCGAGACCCAACGGUUCCAGAUUCCGUGCCGGGGGAGCAAACACCAGCAUCACUCAAUACCCUGCAGAUGCCCAGAAUAGUUCGUUCGGGCAGCAAUCCUUUCAAUUCCACCAGAAGGUCUUGCAAGGUCAAGAAAUUGGGCCGAGGCUUGGAAACAGCUGGCCCGCUUUAAACCAGGCCCAGGCCCAGGCCCGGGCCCACAGUGCUAACAUGCAACCGUUUGUACCUCCUCAGUUCACUUCAUUGCAUAAGUCCAGCAGGGCAAUCAAUCACGAUCCAUUUUCUGUUUCACAUAGGAUUUUGAAUAAGUUUGGAAAUGGCUCGGUCAGGGAAGAUCUACUUGGCCCAGAAGUGCGUGGACAAACGGGAUUUACACACCACCGUCCGGUUUCGACUCGACCGUUCUUUGGAGAAAAUCCAAAUUUUGUUUCGAUGUGCAAAGAUAGCUGCAGGCUUUUUGGGUUUCCAUUGACCGAGGGGAAAGUUUUAGAAGGUAAAAGAGAAAAUCCAACAGGUUCAUCUCCUUCAGCUUAUGGCCAUGAAAGUAACACUUUCCCCUGCAAUGAGGAGCAGGCCUAUCAUCAUCAACCUUCACUGGUGGCCAAGGUAAUAGCCAGUAGUUGUACCAAAGUGCACGAUAUGCAUUCGGUACGAGACAGGCUUCUCGAUAUCGCCCUUUAA